ACCAUCAUGCAGACAUCAGAGACUGGGUCGGACACAGGUUCGACAGUGACUUUACAGACAUCUGUGGCUGGCCAAGCAGCAGUGCCCACCCAAGUAGUACAGCAAGUACCAGUACAGCAACAGGUACAGCAAGUACAGACUGUGCAGCAGGUACAGCAUGUCUACCCAGCUCAGGUGCAGUAUGUGGAGGGAAGUGAUACAGUCUACACAAAUGGAGCAAUCCGAACAACAACUUAUCCUUACACAGAAACCCAGAUGUACAGCCAAAACACUGGAGGGAAUUACUUUGAUACCCAAGGAAGUUCUGCACAGGUGACUACAGUGGUCUCAUCUCAUAGUAUGGUGGGCACUGGAGGGAUUCAGAUGGGUGUUACAGGAGGACAACUCAUUAGCAGCUCUGGAGGAACCUAUCUGAUUGGCAAUUCAAUGGAAAAUUCUGGCCAUUCUGUUACGCACACAACUCGGGCCUCCCCAGCGACGAUUGAAAUGGCGAUUGAGACGCUGCAAAAGUCUGACGGUCUGUCUACUCACAGAAGCUCUCUUCUCAACAGCCAUCUCCAGUGGCUGUUGGACAAUUAUGAAACAGCAGAAGGUGUGAGCCUCCCUAGAAGUACCCUUUACAACCAUUACCUACGACAUUGUCAGGAACACAAACUGGACCCAGUCAAUGCUGCCUCCUUUGGAAAACUCAUAAGGUCAAUUUUCAUGGGGCUACGAACCAGGAGAUUGGGAACUAGAGGGAACUCCAAGUACCAUUACUAUGGGAUUCGUGUCAAGCCAGACUCCCCUCUUAAUCGACUACAAGAGGACAUGCAAUAUAUGGCUAUGAGACAACAACCCAUGCAACAGAAACAAAGGUACAAGCCUAUGCAGAAAGUGGAUGGGGUUGCAGAUGGUUUCACAGGAAGUGGUCAACAGACAGGCACAUCUGUUGAGCAAACUGUAAUUGCCCAAAGUCAGCAUCAUCAACAGUUUUUAGAUGCAUCGAGAGCACUUCCAGAGUUUGGAGAAGUUGAAAUAUCUUCUCUACCAGAUGGUACUACCUUUGAGGAUAUCAAAUCACUGCAGAGUCUUUAUCGAGAGCACUGUGAGGCAAUAUUGGAUGUUGUUGUGAAUCUUCAGUUUAGCCUGAUAGAAAAAUUGUGGCAAACUUUCUGGCGUUAUUCUCCCUCCACUCCAGCUGAUGGCACUACCAUUACUGAAUCCAGCAAUCUGAGUGAAAUAGAAAGCCGACUUCCGAAAGCAAAGCUGAUAACUCUGUGCAAAAAUGAGUCUAUUCUGAAAUGGAUGUGUAACUGUGACCAUGGGAUGUACCAGGCUUUGGUGGAGAUUCUCAUUCCCGACGUCCUUAGACCUAUUCCUAGUGCCUUGACCCAAGCCAUUCGCAAUUUUGCAAAAAGCCUUGAAGGUUGGCUUUCCAAUGCCAUGAACAAUAUUCCACAGAGAAUGAUACAAACCAAGGUUGCCGCUGUAAGUGCCUUUGCCCAGACUCUGCGAAGAUACACAUCGCUUAAUCACCUGGCUCAGGCAGCUCGCGCCGUACUCCAGAACACUUCUCAAAUCAACCAGAUGCUCAAUGACCUCAACCGUGUUGAUUUUGCCAAUGUCCAGGAGCAGGCUUCCUGGGUGUGCCAGUGUGAUGACAACAUGGUUCAGAGACUAGAAACAGACUUCAAGAUGACUCUUCAGCAACAGAGCACCUUGGAGCAGUGGGCUGCCUGGCUUGAUAACGUCAUGAUGCAAGCACUAAAACCAUAUGAAGGGAGGCCCAGUUUUCCUAAAGCUGCACGGCAAUUUCUGCUAAAAUGGUCUUUCUACAGUUCAAUGGUUAUUCGGGACCUCACCUUGCGCAGUGCUGCUAGCUUUGGCUCAUUCCACCUGAUCCGUCUGCUCUAUGAUGAAUAUAUGUUUUACUUAGUAGAGCAUCGUGUUGCUCAGGCAACAGGAGAGACACCUAUAGCAGUCAUGGGCGAGUUUGGUGACUUAAAUGCUGUGUCCCCUGGAAAUAUGGAUAAAGAUGAAGGCAGUGAAGUUGAAAGUGAAAUAGAUGAAGAACUGGAUGAUUCUGCAGAGCCUCAAGCCAAAAGGGAGAAAACAGAGCUGAACCAGGCAUUUCAGGUGGGCUGCCUACAGCCAGUCCUCGAGAGUGGGGUACAGCAGAACCUUCUGAAUCCCAUUCACAAUGAGCACAUUGUCACAAGUACUCAGACUAUCAGACAGUGCAGCGCCACUGGAAACACCUAUACUGCAGUCUAACAAAUAUUAAAGCUUAUUUUUCCAGAUUAUAUUUAACCCUGGUGAUGUUGGGCUUAAGUUGGCAAAAGAAUAAGCCUGAAGGUCGACUGUUGUCAAAUUCUAUCUGUGCUGAACAUUACCUUUUUUCAGAGUUGUGAAAUGGAAUGGGUGUAUGUAUUUUUGCCAGGUCUGUUUAAUUUUUUUUGUAAACAAAUCAUUUGCCUCUCAAUAUGAAGAGUUUUCUUAGUUUCGGGUGUCAAGAAGGAUUUUUGCAAAGCUUAAUGUCAAUGUUUUUGUCCUUUAUAAUUAAAAAGUAAUUUACAUUUUUUCAUAGUUUAAAAAUAUGUUAAUGUUAAUUGUUAGUCAUGGUGUAUGAUUUCAUAUGUAAGUUUUUUAAUUAGGUGCACUUCUGUGAAAUAUCAAAAGAAACAAAUUCCUUUGAUUUACACUGGAGGCAUAUAUUCAUUUGACAGCAGAUGCAUCAAAUUUGCUUCUGAAAGGUGCUUUUCAUUGGACAGAACCAUAAGACACUAUUUUGAUAAUAUUUCCGAGUGUGGAGGGAGAAUACAGAGCAUUUUUAUUAUAAUGUUAGAGGGUUGGGAAGGUCACCUAUUUUUCUCUGAGGAAAAAAAUUGAGCUGUGCAUUUAUCAGCAUAGAAUAAAUGACAGACUUGCCAGAGAUCAUGUUGAUGUGUAUGUAAUAUGUAUGCAUAAUUAUAAAACCACAUUAACAAUGCAAGCUUCCGUUAAACAUCAAGUUUUAGAUAUUAUUUGCGUACCAAUCCCUCUGUUUGAAUACUACUGAGUCUGUAUUUGGGACCACUGCACACAGAUGCUUUCUGCUGUUAAGUGGAGAUGUUGUAGUUAGAUACUGAAACUGAAAAAAAGUAACGACUUUUUUAUUAUUAUUUUAAAUGUACAUGCUACUUAUGCUCAGCUGGACAUACAGGAAACCAUUCCAUCUGGAUGACUUUCUUCUAUUCCAGGUCUUUUUUUUUUCCUAAUAG